CAUUGACCAACAUUGACGUUUGUCAUUUUAUUCCAGAUUAUCGAAAUUGCAUCGCAAAAUUUUAAAUAUCACAUGUUUAGUAAUGGCAAAAUAGUUAAAUAGGACUGAUGUGCCUAUUUUGUAAGUGUAAAGAUUGUUUAAAAUGUUUCAAUUACGAAUAUUAAGGGAGCCAUGAUUUUAAAUAAGUAUUUUGUGGCAGUGCGAUUUGCUUCUUCCAGCUGUCGACUGUUAAGUUUUCAGGGUCAUUACAUAAAUAGAUAUGAAGGAAACUCAGCUAGUCAUUGUCAGUGUCAACCUUCAUGGCAAAACAAGAGAUCGUUUUUUAAUUUUCCGAAUCAAAAUCGCACAAGAGAGUAUUGUGGGAGACAACUAGUUGGAUUCUCUAUGGAUCAGAUGUUUGAAGUUGUGUCAGAUGUAGAAAAUUAUCAUAAGUUUGUUCCAUGGUGUAAAAAGUCAUUAGUAUUAACAAAAACUCCUAGCAAGCUUAAAGCUGACCUCAUUGUGGGAUUCCCACCAAUAAACGAAAGUUAUACAUCAAAUGUCACAUUGGUAAAACCACAUUUAGUGAAAGCAGAAUGUACAGAUGGCAGAAUAUUCAACCAUCUUUUAACCCUAUGGCGUUUUAGUCCAGGACUCAAAAGAGAAGAUCAAUCAUGUGUUGUUGAUUUUCAAAUUUCAUUCGAAUUUCGAUCAGCUUUUCAUUCUCAUUUGUCAAACUUAUUUUUUGACCAAGUUGCUAGACAAAUGGAAGGCGCAUUCAUAAAGGAAGUAGAAAGAAGAUAUGGACGACCAACUAUGCAGCCUAAGAAUUUACUCAUUAGUAAUCAUGCAAUUAAAAGUUGACAUGAAUAUUAUAUAAUUUAGCCAAAUUGUUGAAUACUUACAGAAAUUUGUAAGUUUAUUUAU